AUGGCUGCUGUGCUGAACGGCCACUCGAAUGGUCUCGACGACCACGACCAAGACGUCGCCACUGCUCUCGUUCGCUUCUCACACAUUCCCGCCGCUCUCGAUGUUCCUCUCUCAAGUGGUGACGCCGAGGAAGCUGUCGAGGUCAACCUGGAAGAUCUGAUGGACGACCCUACUGAGCUGUGCACCCUGCUGGAGAACGAGAAUGUCGCCCGCGGCUACUGGAUGACCAUCGCCCUGGCAUAUGCCAAACAGCAAAAGGUCGACCACGCCAUCGACAUCGUCACAAGAGGCCUCAGCUCCCUGUCGCGCAAUGCAAAGCCCGAAGACAAGCUGUCCCUGCUGUCGUGCUUGUGCUGGCUGCGCUUGUGGCAGUGCAGGGAAGCUCCUCGUCUGAAGCCUGACACCCAGCUGGCCUCCGAGGCCCGCAACAAGGAGUACUACAUCCACCAAGCCACCAGCACCCUCAACGAGGCUUCGCGCAUCAGUCCCACUUACCCUCCCCUCUUCCUCGCUCGUGGCGUCCUCUAUCUCCUUCGUGCUUCGCUACAGCCCUCAAAGUCGUCAUCAACUGUCCAAGAGUCCGAACGUCUCGAUACCCUCCGCCAGGCUGCAAAAUGCUUUGAAGACUCUCUGCGCGCUUCCCACGGUCGCAACAUGAUGGCUGUCAUGGGCAAGGCCAGAGCUCUCUUCUCCCCUCGGCAAAUACGCCGACGCCCUCCACAACUACCAGCCUGGCCCACGGUAGAGCGUCUUGCCCGUCAAGCUAUCGAGGCCACUGAUGUCAACGCAAUCGCCAGUGAUGGUUGGUAUCUCAUGGCUCGCAAGGAGCACACCGAAGGAAACGUUGCCAAGGCUACAGACUACUACAACAGGGCGGACCAGGCAAGAGGUGGAGAUGAGAGAGGUUACCUCCCUGCCAAGUUUGGUGCCGCUCAGCUCAAGAUCCUUUCGAAAGACUGGAGCGGUGCAAAGUUCCGUCUCGAGAGCAUUGUUCAGUCCACAAAGAGCGCUGAAGCCAUGACUCUGCUUGGUCUUUUGUACGCCGAGGAAGUUUACGCUAGCCAGAAUGCCGGAUCCAAGGAAGACAAGUCAUCCGAGAUGAGAAAGGCCAUUGGUCUUCUGGAGGGUGUUCGCAACACCUGGAAGGACCCCAAGAAGAAGGCUACCCCAGAUUCUUACGUUCUUUUGAAUUUGGCCAGGCUUUACGAGAUCGAAAACCCCGAGCGCAGUCUGCAAUGUCUGCAGCAAGUUGAGCAGAUGGAGAUGGACGACAUUGAUGAAGAAGACCGACCGGAGACCAAGGAUGAAGCAGAGCUCAAGGCUGCUCUUCGUGAGAUGCUUCCCCCGCAAUUACUGAACAACAUGGCUGCCUUCCACUUCCAAGCCGAACGAUUCAGUCAAGCCAGAGAUUUGUUCCAGACUGCUCUUAACGCUUGUGUCAAGGCUGGAGCAAAGGACAGUGAACUCGAUACCGACUCGCUUGUGACUUCCAUCAGCUACAACUUGGCCAGAACUUACGAGGCUGAACACAUGCUGGACGAGGCUAAUCAGGUUUACCAAGGUCUACUCGAGCGUCACCCUGAUUACACAGAUGCCAGAAUCAGACUUGCAUACAUUGCACUCCGCGAAAACCCCUCAGAAGGCGCUCAAGCUGUCAAGAAAUUGCUCGAGUCAGAACCAGGCAAUCUCGAUAUUCGUGCUCUGUACGGACACUACAUUCACAAGGCAAAGAAGCGCACCAUGAACCCUGCCGAAGAUCAAGAACAAAGACACUACAAGCACACUCUUCAGCACCACGACAAGCACGACAGGUACUCUUUGACUGGCAUGGGUAACCUCUUCUUGCAGGUUGCUCGCGAGAUGCGCAGAGAUACCGACCAGGACAAGGAGAAGCGUACAAAGACAUACAUCAGAGCCAUCGAGUUCUUCGACAAGGCUCUGCAGCUUGACUCCCGCAACGCCUAUGCCGCCCAGGGCAUUGCAAUCGCCUUGAUUGAAGACAAGAAGGACUACGGAACAGCGAUCCAGAUCUUUACUAAAGUUCGGGAAACCCUGAAAGAUGCCAGUGUCUUCAUCAAUAUGGGUCAUGCAUUUGUCGAGGUCAAGCAAUUCGCUCGCGCAAUCGAGAGUUACGAGGCUGCCCUUGCCAAGGACCGCACACACGACCCCAGCAUUCUUGCUUGCCUCGGUCGCGUCUGGCUGAUGAAGGGCAAACAAGAGAAGAACAUGCAAGCCAUGAAGACCGCGCUCGAGUUCUCGAACCGUGCACUGGAGUCAUCGCCUGAACAACUUCACUUCAAGUUCAACGUUGCAUUCGUUCAGAUUCAGAUCGCACAGCUCAUCUACACUCUACCGGAGGCCACGAGAACGCUUGUCGACCUUGAAACUGCUGCUACUGGCCUGGACGAAGCUAUCGAGAGUCUUAUGGCUAUUGCUCGCGCGCCAAACCCACCUUUCCCCAAGAACGACAUCGAACAGCGUGCUAAUAUGGGAAGAAACACAAUGCGCAAGCAGUUGGACCGUGCUUUACAAAGUCAACGCGACUUCGAGCAGAAGAACGCAUCAAGGCUUGAACAAGCUCGUCAACAACGUGAGGCUGAGAUCAAGAAGCGCGAAGACGAGAAGCGAGCACUGGAAGAGGCACAGGAAGAACGCAGAAGGAAGAUUGCUGAAGAAAGACAACGCAUGCAAGAACAGGACCGCGAAAUCGCCGAGCAGAAGAUUGAGGAGGAAGCUGAACGCAAAGCCCGCGAAGAUGCUGAUUUCACAACUGAUGAAGAAACGGGAGGCCGCAAGAAGAGAGAGAAGAAGCCCAAGGGAUCAAGGAAAAGAAGAAGGGCGGCGACAGCGACUCAGACAUCGUCAACGACGAAGACGAAAGCCCAAAAGAAGAAGCGCAGAAAGCUCGAAAGAAAGGGCAAGGUUGCCGAGCCAAAGGGCAAGUUCAAGAGCUCUGAGGUUGUGGUGGACAGUGACAGCGACGACGAUGCUGUUGCUACGCAAAACGAGAAUGCAGCACUUGCCGAAAAGAUCAACGAUGAGAAUGAUGCUCAAAAGGAAGCUCGAGGAGACGAGUCGAUGGCGGAAGGUGGAGACGAGGAGGACGACACUGUUGUUGAAAGGCGGAGAAAGAAGCCUGCUCGUGUGAUCGACGACGAUGAUGAGGGAUGA